GGAAACAAAAAAGUGAAGAACUCAUCACUCACUUCCGCACGCCGUCUUGCAUAUUCGCUCAUCAUGAUCCUUCUUCUUCUUCUUCUGAUUUGGUUUUUUAAUUAGUUUCUUUUUUAACCAUCAAACACCUACUAUAGUUUGGAAUUAUAUAUUACAGAUCUGUAACAUCGAUGAUUUGUGCAUGUGACGAUCUCUGUUUUACUUAUGGGAGAUCACUCAGUUUUCUAUUAAUAUAUGAGGUCAACUUUUUCUAACCUAUUAAAUUUACUUAUUUUAUAUGUUGAUUUUGGGUUUGAUUCGGUUUAGUUUUGAGUAGCUGUCUUUUUGAGAAAAUCAUGAACAUUAAACAAAGUAUAAAAUCCAAUUGUAUAAUUUUUCAUUUUUUUGAAAGGAGAUGGAGAUCUCGGUUUAAGGUUUCUAUUCUAUUGGUUUUUGUGAGAUUGCGUCAUUCUCGUAUUAAUAAUUAUUUAUACGUCACGUUAUUACCGUUGUUAUGCUUCGUUUUUAAUCAUACUAAUAUAUGAAGGUGUAGGUAUCGAGACACACAAACCUGUCCUUUUAAUUUGUAUAUAAUCAAUCAUGUUGUGUAUGAAAAGGUUUCGAGUCUAUUGACUAAUAACCAAACUAAUUAAGUCAUUCUUUCUAAAUUUUUGAAGUGGAUACGAAGAAAGAGACAAAACAAGAGGAAUACAUUAUAUUCUCUUCUAUCUUAAUUCGACUCUGAUCUGGAUCUCAACCUCAAUCUUCAAGUAUACUUCAAAAGCAAUGACCAAGAACUUUUUCUUCUUCUCUGUCAUCAUCAUCAUCAUUUUUCUUCAAUCUCCACCACAAAUCCAAUCCCAAACCAUCCCAAGAAACAUCAGUAUCUUCAUCUUGGCCGGGCAAAGCAAUAUGGCGGGUCGAGGUGGAGUUUAUAACGACACCGCUACAAACACCACCGUGUGGGACGGUGUGAUCCCCCAAGAAUGUCGAUCAAACCCUUCGAUCCUCCGUCUCACGGCAAAGCUCAAGUGGGAAAUUGCUAAAGAGCCACUACACGUUGACAUUGAUGUUAACAAGACCAAUGGAAUUGGACCGGGGAUGUCAUUUGCUGAUCGGUUGUUUUACCGGUUUGGUCAUGUGGGUUUGGUUCCUUGCUCUAUCGGUGGGACUAAACUAAGCCAAUGGCGAAAGGGUGAGUUUCUUUACGAGGAGACGGUGAGGAGGGCGAAAGCCGCGGUUGCUAGUAGUGGAGGCGGCUCGUACAGGGGGAUUUUGUGGUAUCAGGGUGAGUCGGAUACGGUGGAUAUGGUGGAUGCUUCGGUUUAUAAGAAGAGACUAGUCCAGUUUUUUAGUGAUCUUCGAAGUGAUUUAGAUCAGCCAAAUCUUCCUAUUAUACAGGUGGCUCUAGCGACAGGAGAAGGACCAUAUGUUGACGCGGUGCGAAAAGCUCAACUCAAGACAGAUCUUAAGAACGUGUAUUGUGUUGACGCCAUGGGUCUACCUCUUGAACCGGACGGUUUGCAUCUAACCACUUCAUCUCAGGUCCGGCUCGGUCAAAUGUUAGCCCAGAGUUUCGCUGACAAUAUUCCCAAUUCAGCUCAACCACUCUAUAUCCCUCUUCUAAUCUCCUCCUUCUGUUGUUCCCUUUAUAUCAUCUUUUUAGAAAUCUUGGCACCUACCUUACCAUUUUUUGUAACAUUUUUUUUGGAUUCAUCAUCAUGAUAUUUGUUCAAAUUAUUAUAGAGAAUCUAAUUUUUAUUCA